AUGAGUAUCUCUCCGCCAAUACCGGACCCACACUCGCAUCCAUCGUACCCUUCAUCUCCUGCUAUCACGCCUCCAUGCCAUAACCACAAUAGAUCGAACUCGCAAAAUUUAACCUCGGGUUUAUUCCACUUCGCUUCGACUGGAGGCAUAAGUUCGGAAUUCCGCGAGCGCGAGUUUGUGAGCGGUAGAAGGCCUAGUAUGCCUACUCUCUCAUUGAUUUGGGAUACGACUUGCGAAGGUUCAUCUUCACAAACUCCUCCUACGGUAUCGUCACCUCAAUCGUCUAUGGUGACGUUUAUAGCCGCCACCACUGAGCCUUUGGCUGACACGCUCAAUGAGAAAACCAGUGGGCGAGCAAGCAUGACUGUGAGCUCUCUUGGGAGUUCGUCUUCUAGCCGUAGGAAGAAGGAGCUGGAGAGCGAAAAGGAGAAAGAUAAAGCAAAGAAGGAGAGGGAGAAGGCUAAAUGA